AUGGAGUCUCACUCGGCAUCUAAAGAGCAGACAGCAGACGACAGAAGGUCGAGCCCGAGCCGCUCCAUUACCUCGUCCCAGAGCGCCACCAUAACUCUGUCAGAUGUCACAUCACUGGCGAUACCGCCGUCCCACUCUCCGUCCUCGUCUUCGUCAUCGCUGUCGGACGAGAAGGGAUACGCUUGCCAGAAACCCCCAACGGUCGAGUGGGCCCGAGGCGAGGGGUUCUGGAGAUGCUUCAUUGCCGUGUGCGUUCCCAUCCUGCUCUCGGCAUUCGAAGGGAGCGUGGUCAGCACGGCACUACCGACCAUCUCACAAGCGCUAAACCUCGGCCCCGACUCGUCGUGGGUGGCGACGGCGUUCCUGCUCGCCUCCAUCGUGUGCCAGCCCCUCUACGGACAGCUGGCCGACAUCUGGGGCCGGCGGCACCUGAUGAUGGUGGCCGUGGUGCUGUUCGGCAUCGGCAGCGCCAUCUCUGGGGCGGCAAUUAGCGGCGCCAUGCUCAUCUUCGGCCGCAUCACCCAGGGCAUGGGGUCGGGGGGCAUUGACCUGUUCGCCGAGCUAAUCCUCUGCGACAUCAUCCCCCUGAAGCGGAGAGGCCAUUACGUGGCCAUCAAGGCCGCCGUGUACGCGCUGGGGACGACGGUCGGGCCUGUCCUCGGUGGUGUCUUUGCCGAGACGAGCUGGCGGUGGUGCUUCGGCGUCAACAUCCCCGUCUGUGUUGCGGCUCUGGUCAUGAUAUGGUGCUGGCUUCAGGUCAACACUGGCCAGCGCUGGGACGAAGUGCCUAUCUUGGAGCGGAUAAAGUGCAUCGAUUUCACGGGCAUCGGUCUGCUGACGGCCUCGGUUGUCCUGGUGCUCUUCGCCCUGACCUCGGGAGGCGCGGCCUACUCGUGGUCUUCGCCGGCGGUUGCGGGAACCGUGGCUCUCGGUUCGUCGGGCAUCGUCGUCUUUGCCGCGUGGGAACGCUGCCGGUGGUGCGCACACCCCAUCAUGGCGCCGCACGUCUUCUCGAAUCGCACCACCAUUGCCGGGUUUGUCGUCACGGUGCUGCACGGAUUCGUCACGUACGGUUUCCAGUUCUACCUACCGCCCUUUUUCCAAGCCGUCAUGGGCUCGUCGCCCACCGAGUCCGGCGUGCUCAUCUUGCCUUGCACAUUGACGAUUGUGGUCAUCGCUGCCGCCGGUGGGCCGUUGCUGGCCAGGUUUGGAAAAUACCGACUGAUGCACCAGGCCGGCUUUGUUCUGAUGGCCGUCGGCUUUCUACUCUGCACCGUCUUCGAUCAAGCAGACUCGGUAGCCUUGUGGAUAAUGUUCUCCUUCUUGGUCGGCAUCGGCUCUGGCAUCAUUGUCUCGACGACGUUGCCCACCGUCCUGGUCGAGCUGACCGACAGAGAGAACGCUGCGGCAACGGGCUCGUGGGCAUUCCUUCGUGGCCUGGGUUCUCUCCUUGGCGUCGCCGUCCCCAAUGCCGCCUUCAAUGCUCAGUUCUCAACCACGUUGCAGACCAUUCACAGCGCGGCCGCUCAGGACCAGCUGAGAGGCGGCCGUGCCUACGAGCAUGCAACGGCGGCUUUUGUUUCGAGGUUCGGCCCGCAGGUCAAGACAGAGAUCAUUUCGGCAUUUUCGUCGAGUCUGAGAGUGACGUGGAUUGUUUUCUUGGUUCUCUCUUGCGUUGGCAUUGCAAUCACUUUCUUGGAGAGACAGGUCAAGCUGAGGAAGGGACUGGACAGUGACUACGAUCUGAAGGCAAAAGGCGACAGUGAGUUUUGA